AUGUUGGCAGGAAUGACCGAGCGUCGGUAUAACCAAUCGUCUUCUGUUGAUCAGUUACUCAUGGCAACAACUUUACCCGAUGUAUCACGAUUACGUGAACUGUUAAACGCAGGAGCAGACGUGAACGCCCAGAACGAGAUUGGACAAACCCCGCUGUUGUUGGCAUCCCUUGAAAACAAUGUAGCAUCAAGCCAUCUGCUCCUCGAUAGAGACGCUGACAUUAGACACAGUGAUGUUGGUGGUUAUACAGCCUUACACCUGACCCAGUCGGUUGAGGUAACCGAGCUGAUUUUGUGUCAAGCAAGUUUCCAAGACAGAAUUGAUGACAUAGUCAAUAUGCGAACAAAAGAGGGAAGAACAACACUGCAUGAGGCAGUUUUGCACGGACCGUUAGGUCGCGUUGAUUGUUUGCUAAAGAGCAAAGCUCUGGUAAAUGCUGAAGACGAAGACUUGGCCACCCCGUUGCACUAUGCCUGUAGUGUUUGGAAUAAGUCUGAAGAAGCGAUACAGAUUAUCGAAAGACUACUACAAGCCGGCGCUGAUGUAAACAGACAAACUGCUUUUCUGAAAACACCAUUGUUACUAGCAUGUGCACAGCAAGUCUGUGGCGUCGGUGAAGCAGGCAUAAAUUUACUAUUAAACAACGAAGCAGACCCCUCAAUCACCGACAUUGAUGGAAAUACAGCGUUACACGCCCUUCUACAGGGCGACGACUUGGCAUUGGGCAGAACACCACUGGAAGUCGUUGACAGACUUGUAAAACUUGUUCCUGGAAUCCUCAGAAGAUGUAAUGUAUACGGGGAACAUCCCAUUCAUCUAACAAGUCGCAGAUGUGUGGAUGAUGAUGAUUAUCUGGUACGUCAUUUUAUCAACCUGGGGGCGGAUGUCCAUGCCCGAGAUUCUCUGGGAAGAAACUUGCUUCAUCUUUGUUGUCAGUAUGGAAAUAAUGAAGAGGACAUCGUCUUGUCUGAAUAUCCUUCUCUUGCAAAUGAAGUAGAUUGCCUCGGCAGAACAAUUUUACAUUAUCAGGUCAUACUCACAAAGGAUGUAUCGAAAAUCCAAAAGAUAAUUCAGCUCGAGACGUUUAAUACACACUGUGCAUCGGACGCAUUCGGAUUAACAGCUUUCGAUUAUGCAGUGAGAAAAGGACAAAGGGAAGCGAUUGAAUUGUUGAAGAACUACGGCGAAACCUCAAAAGUCCCCGUUGCUGAUAGUGCUCCAGUUGGAUCUUUCGGAGGCGAUGACGUGUUACUUGAUCGUCUGCUUUCACCAAUAGUGGUGGAAUCGUUCGAAGAGGUUUCUCCUGAGAUGUUAAGACCAAUACAAGACGCAGAUACAUUUUUGAUGGAGAUUUGGGAAGCCGGUUCUUCACCAACAAAAAAUCCCAAGCUGUUCUGUGAAUGUAAACAGGUAGUGGAAACAUUUAUGAACAAAGUGGUGUGUCUGAUGAGAGAGAAGGAUGAACGGUUUUCUGGAACGCUGAUUCGGAAUGGCAGUUCGUACGAAGGAACCAAGAUCGGAUUCGCUGAUGAAUACGACUUUCUUUUACAGCUAGACGACCUCAGCAGCAUCUGUCGACCAAUUGAGACAGAAAAUGACCCACCUGGGUACGCGAAGGUAGUUAGAGUUUCCGGGGCGAAGUUAGGAAAAUACCAGGAUUUUUUUUAUUCAGAAGGAAUCAUAAAGUGUGAAAAGAUACUGUCCCGUUUCAGUCAGAUAGUUAUGGAGAUCAUGCUCGAUGCUCGUGUCUGGGAAUCCUCUGGACUGGAUUUCUUGCCGUGUCUUUUCAUAACAUGGAAGAAUCGGGCUGCUCUAACAAUUACAUGUACACAGAGAUGUCCCUACUUUGUAAAUUCAUUGUCUAUUGAUUUUCUUCCGGCGUUACAUUUCAAGGAUUGGUGGCCAUACUGGACACGUGACGACAUGAUGCGCCAAGACGACAAUGUGAAAAACACAGGAUGUCACAUGAUCAUCAAACCAGCGGACGUACCGUACUAUCAGCAUGCGCAAUUUGGAACGCCACGUCACUUCCUCCGCAUUACGUUUUCACGAGCAGAAACAGUGCUCUUCAAUACCGUUCCGGCGUAUAUCAGAAAGAGCUACAUGAUUGCUAAACAACUGGUCAAAAGAAACGCAUUGAUCCCCCUCCAUAUAUUGUUCGACACGAGUGAUCUGCACAACAGAAGGGCAAAAAUCAUUGGUAAACACAAUAUAAAUUCCUACUAUAUCAAACAAUGCUUGCUGAAAACAGUUAUGGACGAGUAUCCGGUGCCACUACCGGAUUCGGACGAGGAAGAACGAGCUCUGACUACAAAAUGGGUUCGAAAAAUAUUUAGAACAAUUCACAAGUCUUAUGAAAAUGGCAAUCUCCCCAGCGCUUUCAUGCCUAGCCAAAAUCUGUUGCAUACUUUUAAACCCAAUCCCAGCAUUGACAGAAUGCGUCACAUCCUGUUUCAGCUCGUCAACCAUAGCAUCGUGCAGGACAGCUUUACCGCAACAUUCACUCGUGGGGAGUACAAUCAGCGUGAACCCGGUGACCGAGAGAUGAAGAUGGAUGGAAAACUAAAGCUGCUCAAACGUCUGUUGUAUGGACCGCAGGAACGAUGCUAA